GCCCUGUAGCUGAGGACAUGUUCCAUUGGCAAGCGACUAUCAUGGGACCUGCUGACAGUCCCUUUGCAGGUGGUGUGUUUCUUGUGACAAUUCAUUUCCCACCAGAUUACCCUUUCAAGCCGCCCAAGACUGGAUUGCUGGAGCGUGUGAUGCUGAUAAUCAGUUGAUAACAUUCUGAUUAGCUACAGAAAGGUUCUAUUCAUCCAUGAGGACAUAUACCUUGUUAAACUUUAAGUGCACUUUUCAUUCAAACAAAAGGUGACUUAUGAUGCAUGGUUAUUUUUUAGCAGGUUAGUUUAUAUGUGGUGGGAAGCAUACUGGCUGUUGUCUGGUAAAUGACUCCUUUGGGAAACUUCUUCCCUUGAAGCUAAUUUUUGUGGGGAUUAAAGUGGCUGGCAUUUAUCUUGUCAGGCUAAUGGUUCUACCAUUGACUCUGUGUUCUCUGAGCAAAACUAUGAAAGUAUUUUACUAUUCUUUAAGGUUAGUGAGUCUGCUAUUGUUGAUGCAUUCAGCAUCAGCUAUUUGCUCCCCACGCCUCAUGGAAGAGUACAUGUGAGUUGGCGCCUAUUAAGGGAAGGUGCUCCCUCUUCACACAUUGUUUUUUUCUUUUUCUUU